GCGCCGCGAGGCGCAAAGCUCGGCCGGGGGAGGGUCCCCAGGGCAGGCGCGCGCCGCACCCGGUUGCCGUGGCAACCCCAGGCGGCUGCGGGAGCCCGGACCGCCGCCGGAAGUGACGCGAGUUCACCUGCCGAGCGGGGGCGGGGGCGCAGAGGUGCCGCCGCCGUAGCCGCCGCGAGCGAGUCGGGAGCGCGCCAGGCGCCGGGAGACGCGGACCCCGAGCGAGAGCCGCCUACCUGCAGCCUCCGCCCUCGGCCCGGCAGCCACCAUGGCGCUUCUGCUGCGCUUCGUGCUCCUGUGCGGAGUCGCGGAUUUCGCCAGAAGUUUGAGCAUCACUACUCCUGAACAAAUGAUUGAAAAAGCCAAAGGGGAAACUGCCUAUCUGCCUUGCAAAUUUACACUUAGUCCUGAAGAUCAGGGACCACUGGACAUUGAAUGGCUGCUAUCACCAGCUGAUAAUCAGAAAGUGGAUCAAGUGAUCAUUUUGUAUUCUGGAGACAAAAUUUAUGAGGACUACUAUCAAGAUCUGAAAGGACGAGUACAUUUUACAAGUAACGAUCUCAAAUCUGGUGAUGCAUCAAUAAAUGUAACGAAUUUACAGUUGUCAGAUAUUGGCACGUAUCAGUGCAAAGUAAAAAAAGCUCCUGGUGUUGCAAAUAAGAAGCUUCAGCUGACAGUUCUUGUUAAGCCUUCAGGUACAAGAUGUUACAUUGAUGGAUCAGAAGAAAUUGGAAAUGACUUUAAACUAAAAUGUGAACCAAAAGAAGGUUCACUUCCAUUACGAUAUGAAUGGCAAAAAUUGUCCGACUCACAGAAAUUGCCCACCCCAUGGUUAACAGAAAUGACUUCAUCUGUUAUAUCUGUAAAAAAUGCCUCUUCUGAGUACUCUGGGACAUACAGCUGUACAGUCAAAAACAGAGUGGGCUCUGAUCAGUGCCUGCUGCGCCUAGACAUUGUUCCUCCUUCAAAUAGAGCUGGAACAAUUGCGGGAGCUAUUAUAGGAAUUUUGCUUGCUCUAGUGCUCAUUGGUCUUAUCCUCUUUUGUUGUCAUAAAAAGCGAAGAGAAGAAAAAUAUGAAAAGGAAGUUCAUCAUGAUAUCAGGGAAGAUGUGCCUCCUCCAAAGAGCCGCACAUCCACUGCCAGAAGCUACAUAGGCAGCAACCAUUCAUCCCUGGGAUCCAUGUCUCCUUCCAACAUGGAAGGAUAUCCCAAGACUCAGUAUAACCAAGUACCGAGUGAAGACUUUGAACAUGCUCCUCAGAGUCCGAUUCUCCCACCUGCAAAGGUAGCUGCCCCUAAUCUAAGUCGAAUGGGAGCGGUUCCUGUGAUGAUUCCAGCACAGAGCAAGGAUGGGUCUAUAGUGUAGAUACUGCGUGCUUCUCAUCUAUGCUCUCCAUGUUUCUUUCCUCUUGAUACAUGAAAACGUAUUCUGGUCUAAAUUUUGUUACUAACCUCAAAAUAUAUCAAAAAGAAGUUGAUCAGAAACUGUAAGCAAUAUACUUCAAAAAAAUUUUGUUUGGUUAUAUUGAAACAGUAAAAGCAUUAAAGUUAGUAAAGACAAAUUCAGGGGUUGAUUUUCACAGUUUCUAAAUAACAAUACCUACAUAAGAUGUAGCACUUUGAAUAUCAAAUCAUAGCCGAAGAAACCAGUGAACUGACAUGUAUACCAAGUUGAUACUUGAAUCACGUGAAAGUGAUACUUUAUAAUUUCUACCAUUAUUUUUAGGAUGUAUAUAUCAUUUAUUUAUGGCCUGACAGUCUCCUCCAAAUUAGUAAAUGGCAGAAUUACUUACGUAUGUAUGUUUGUACUUGUUUUUAUAGCUUCUUUGAAAACUCUACAUGUGUUUGGAGUAUCUCUAAUAACUUAGAAAACACCAUGUUUUAGAAAUUGCUAGUUUUAUUUUUAAAUCAUUCAUACACUUUCUCUAUAAAAUGAUUUCUUAAAGAUUUAGUUGAUAGACUGCUACAGGAAACAGGGACAUAGUAAGGUCUUAUAUGCUAAAGUAAAGGAGUACCUAUCAGAUUGAGUUAGAAUAUAUGCUGUCAGCUACUUACAGAUAUGACACUAAUGGUGCAAUUGUGAGGAUAGAUUUUGUCGGCUAAUGAUCUCAUGCCUUGAGGUCUGUGGUGGUCUUCCAAAUAGUAACUGGCCAGAUCAAGGAUGUAGUGUUUCAUAGUCCCCAACUAACCACUAGCUCUCCACUGUAGGGGAUAUUUUUCUAAUAAAAUAUUACAACCCAUUGAUUAUUUGGCAAUUAUAUAUUGAAAUGUUCUAAUUAUUGAUUCUAAAUUUUAAGUGUUUUUUCUGGUACAGUGGUUUUUUUCUGUUUUUUUUUAUUUUUUCUUUUUUGGUCAUUUUGUUUUGUUUUUUUGAAUGGUGUUAUAUAUUAUACAUUCUAGAAACAUGUAAUCCUAAAUUUACCCGCUUGAAUGCAGUUCCUGGAGGAUAUUGUCUUCAUAGGCUCAGAAUGAUCAAAUACAUUUUAAGCAAGUGAGUGUCCUCUGCCAAUUCUGUCUUCCAGACUUGGGGGAUCUACAGUUGUGGUGUGGCCAAACUUGUGCAGUUCCAGUAAAUCAAGUUGAGCUUUGAAAAAGUUUGAGUCUUAGUUUUCUGAAAGUGAUUAUUCUUUAAAGAAAAAAAGAAAGAAAGAAAAAGGAGUAAAGGGAAUACUCCUACCUGCCAAAUGUGUUAAAUACUGUUUUGGAAGAAAGUGGAUUUAUUAUAUUUCCCUUUUAAGACUGUGAGGGAAUGUGGAUAAGGAGAAUGAGUCAAUAGUUUCUUUAUAGUAAAUAAGGUCUACAAUAAAUUAUUUCACUAGCUCUAAAACCUUUUCCCUAGAUUUUAGUAGGGAGUUGGUUUCUGUUAAACUAUUUGGGUGCUGUGGUGGUAAAUGCUACAUUAUAAAUUAAUGUUGGCAUGUAUUUACAAUUAGGCAGAGUAUUGUGUACACUUUUUAAUGGUAAACUUAAGCUGAAUGUCUGUGUAAUGGAUUAGUGUAUAGUUUUACAUAUUUGGAAGCAUUUUUAAAAUAGGUUUUUAACCUUACAUAAAAUUACUUUUGUACUUGUGUUAACAUUUUCAUCUGUGCCUUUUGGGUAAUUUAAUUUCUAUCAUGAAUUUCUGGUGCCUAUGAGCUGUUGACACCUACUUGAAAGGUGCUUAGAGGUGAAGGUACUGUUACUAAAAACACAUCACUGUGACACCUUUCUAUCCUUGUAUUUUCAGACUUGCCUCCUCUUCUCUGUUCUUCAUGGAUGUAACUUAAACAAUUGUGUUAUUCAUAACGAUUUAAAAACGUCAACAUCCCCCAACACUCUUUGACUGUGUUUCAAGUUUUAUAACAGUAGCUAUUUUUGAUUGCCAAAUGUUUGGCCUAUUUUAUAUGAAUAAAAUCUAUUUAUAAAAUAUUAUGAUAAACAGAACAUGAGCUUUAAUAAUAAAGUAUUGGUCAUUCCUAUUCCUGAUUUUCAUAUAGUGAAGAUUAUGCUAUCAAUCUAAGUAGAAAUUACCAUAGAAAGUAGAUGUGUAAAAUACUUUCAUUCCUUUACACUUCAUAUUUAUCUAGGAUUUUGCUAUAAGUAAAUCAAAAUCUUUCAGAAAGGCUUUCAGUUAUGAUCCAUACGAACUACAGUCUGAGAAACAAGCUUGUAAAAAUCACUUGGGUAACCUUGAAGAGACCCCUACUGAGUGUGACUAAAUUUAGAGGAUACAGUUUAGUUUUAGGCUUAUGUCUCCAGCUCCUCUCACGGUAAGUUUCUGUUGCUCAGAUAGUACUGAUAACUUACCAAAUAAUCCUCACUGAUAAUUCCUGUUGAAACAGACAUCAAAUAUUUAUUCUAGAAUUACUAUUGGUAAUCAUCAAGUAGUUCAACAAAAAAAUUAUUAAAGCAUUUCAGUUAGGGAGCCAGGUAACAUCGGUUAAGGCCAGUACUGCAUCUUCAAAGCAAAACCGUUUGAUUUUACCUUAUACCUGAGAGGCUCAAUACCAUCUCUUAGGUUACACAAGGUAAUUUGGAGAGAAGUGAUUCUGUACUUUGAAUAUGGAGUAGUUUACAAAUGUUCUUUUUCUAUUUGGCAAUAUUAACUAAUAUUAUUUCCUUGUUACAAAGCCCCCCAUUCCCUAAAAAAGUCUCUUAUUUAUUACACUGACCAUUUAUUCUGGAUAAAGAACUUCCUUUAAAUUUGAGCUAUCUGCCAUGGACUUAUUAUAAUAGAAACACAGUCUGAGUGUGUCUUAGAGGGAGGUUAGUUGAAAAAUCCCAAAUCAUUAUCCAUAAAAAUUGUGGAAAAAAAUAUCUGAUUAAUUUUUUUUAAUUUAAGAUUGAGUCCUAGAAAUUUGGAGCAAAUAAAGGGGCAAGUAAACAUUUUGAUUAAAUAUAAAAAGAACUUAUUGCAUGAAGCUGACUAUCAAAUUCUGUAAUGUGUAGCUUCUUAAAAUAACUAUUCUCGGUGUCUUUUCUGUGUGUGCAGCAUGUAUAUUUGAAGUUAUGUGAAUGUUUAAAUUUUUUUUUUAUUUUUGCUUCAACAGUGUUUAGGGCUUUCAGAUGCCUUAUUCCAGUGUGAACAGAAAAAGUCCAUAUUUUAUGUGGUUAAUGCUUUGAUGUGUCAAAUAAGUAGUUUGUAGAAAGUGUUGGCACAAUUUUAACUUUUUAGUGGCUUGUGACAUAAUAUAUAUAUGUACAUAUAUCUUUAUAACACUCUUGUGUUUAGUAGUGUAAAUGUUCUGGGCAAGUUUUAAUAUUUCAAAUGCCUUUGGAUAUUUCAGCAAUAAAGACAACAUGUUCUGCAAUAGAAUUUCUUACUCAUCUACCUAUUUUGACACUAAAAUAGUUAAUAACUGAGCACAAAUUUCCUUUUAAAAAUGUCAUAGAAGCAGGGAAGAAUAAUAAAUUUAUGAAUUGUGGUUCUGUUUAUUUCUCUUUGGAGAAGACUAAUCACUUAAUGACGGUAACACUAGCCUCUUAUUAGAAUCAAGUUUUACAUAAUGUAUAUCCUAUUUUGCAAUUAUAAUGAGUAUCAGUUGGGUUUAGUUUUGGUUAUGGACACUAAAAGUUCCAUCAAAGACCUUUGUGUUUUCUGCUAACUUAUUUAGUGACAUUAAGUGUUACGAGAACCACAAUUUAUUGAUUCACUUAUUCUUGUCCCUGUGAAUUUUUAGUGAUAAAUACACUUGUACUACUGAGAAAAAUAUUUUGACACAUCACAUGUGCAAAGUAGAGAAUGGGUAGUGUCAGUUGUAGAUUUUGUAUUUAAAAUUUUGGGCUUACAUAUCCAAUGGUGCAGAUUUUGAAAUUUGUAAGAACAAAAUUUGUUUAAAAAAACAACUUGCUCUAGUUUUGUGACCUUGUGUACUUUUGAAAUAAAAUCCUGAAAGUAGUUCUCUGC